AUGAGUAACAGCGCCAUGGUGGCCGUGGCCAUCUGCUGCAUCCUCGUCCUGCUGGCCGUCUUCAUCGUGAUCAUCAUAGUCGUCGGGCAGACCAUCGAGGAGCCCAAAUGA